AAUCUAAAAGGGUUGAGUUUCAUUUCUACAGGAGACAUCGAAAUGGAAACAUACAAUUCUUAUAUGAAAAUCAAUAAAUAUUUUUUAUGUGCCACUGGACUAUGGCCUUCUCAAUCAAAAUUUACUCAAAAAUUAAUUUCUUUUUUCAUUUGGCUUAGUCUUAUAAGUUUUCUCAUACCUCAAUUGGUGGCAUUAAUACAUAAUUGGGGUAAUAUGGAUAUUUUAAUUCAAUGGCUUCCACCUUGCUUUAUAAAUGUUGUUAGCAUAAGUUGUUUCACAGCUGCUUCGAUCAACAGAAAUAAAAUAAAAUUAAUUUUAUCGAAAAUGAAGGAUGAUUGGCGAUUUUGUAAAUCAGAUUCAGAAUUUGAAAUUUUACAGGAAAAUGGAGUUCUAGCAAGAAAUCUAAACAAUUCAAGACUUGUUUUCUUUUAUUUAGUCCUAGUGGAAUUUCUUACUGUGCCACUUAUUCCCAGUUUUUUGGAUGCAAUAAAACCAUUAAAUGAAUCCCGUCCAAGAAGAAUGAUUAUGGUUACAGAUUAUUUUGUGAAUCCAAAUAAUUAUUAUGGAGUAAUAGCCGCACACCAUUGGCACGUAUCUAUUGUAACAAUUUCACUUAUUUUAACUGUUGAUGGAAUUUUUACAUUUUUCAUCUACCACGCUUGUGGACAAUUUGAAAUUUUAGGAUUUAAGAUAAGAAAUCUUGUAAAAAUAGAUUACAGUGUAACUAUUUUAAAUGAAAGAAAUGUUAAAAAAGAAAUUAAAUUCUUUAUUGAGAAGCACAAAUCGGUUCUGAUGUUUGUGAAUCAUAUUAGUGAUUGCUUUUCGAUGUCAUACUUUUUGGGAUUGGGAUUAAAUGUUAUAAUGAUAAGCUUUACAGGAGUUCAGUUGGUAAUGAAUUUGGAUGAUCUAAGUGAAACUUUUAUAAUGGCUUCUUAUACCAUGGGUCAAGUUCUUCGUUUAUUUACUUUAACAAUACCAAGUCAACGUUUAAUCGAUCAAAGUUCUCUACUUUCACAAAAUAUGUUAAUAUGUUAAUUAAUAUGUUUAUUACAAAAAAAAAUUUAUAAUUCAAUUUUAAAUAAUUUUGAAAUUUCAGAUAUCAUUGCUAUUGGUAUAAUUUAUCUCCAGAGUCGAAAAAUUUAUUGAAAAUAAUAAUGAUGAAAUGCAUAAAACCCUGUUCUUUUACAGUGGGAAAAUUGUA